AUGUUAGGCCGGAAGGAGUGGCGCCGCCGCUGGGGCUACCGGAGAGCCAACGAUGGGCCCCGGGAGUGGGUCCUGGAGGUGCCCGACUCCGCCGACCCCCAUGAGGACCAGUUCACCAAACGCGCGGCCGCCAAGAGGGAGCGAGUGGCCAAGAACGAGCUGAACCGGCUGCGGAACAUCGCCAGGGCCCAGAAGCACAAGGUGCCCGGCGUGGGGCUCGCCCCCACCCCGCAGCCCAGCAAAGCCGAGCUCGGCCAAGCCAUUCGCGUGGCCAGGACCUCCACCGCCUCGGCCGGCAGGUUUCAGCAGAAGCUGCCCCGGGAGCAGCCGGCGGCGGCCAGGAGCGCCGGCCAGAGGAGGCAGUUCCAGCCGCUGAUCGGAGACUUCUCGGCGGAGGCGCGGCGGCAGCUGGAACUCCUCGACGUUAUCUCCAGCAAGAAGCCCAGGCUGGACACCACCAAGGCCGCCAACAGGCAACUGCGGGAGGACGACCAGGAGCAGGCGGCGAAACGGAAGAAAAUGCGGCCAAAAGGCAGGAAAGGAGGAAAAAGUCAGAACCGCAAUAGUAAGGGGAAAGGUCAACAUCGGAAAUCAGGCAUGAAACAGCCUGGGAAGAGAAAAUGAGCCUGACUGAACUGUUAAAUACUGUACUCUAAAACAAGAGUACGUUAUAAUUUUGCGAAGACAUACCUUAUUUCUUUUUUAAGAAUUUAUGUUCCUACAGUUGUUUUUCAUGAACUUAAA